UUGUCAUGACAACGAAAAUUUGUUUAAGGUCUGUCACUUGUGAAACUUUCUGCUAUUAUCGUUUUCUUUUUUGUCCGCUUUUGGAGUUUGACGUAAAGUUUUUUUUUCUCAAAUUCUCUCAUGAAAUAUGGAAGGUCUAUUUACUUUUGAGAAAAUAAAAGAAUUACAAAACUUAUUAUCGCAGCCAACGAAAAAUUCAGACGACGAUGUAACACAAUCUGUACCGACAACUUCAGGAAGUAGUCAUAUGAAGAUGUGUAAAGUAAAAGAAGAUGGAUAUGAAGAUUCUUGUGGUUCUGUACAAAGAGAAAAUAAGGAUAUUUGGCAUGCUGCGGAAACAAAGAAAUUUCAAUAUUUUCAACAGCAGCGUGAUCCACGAGUUAGACCGGAAUAUGAAAUGAAAUAUAAACAAUCGCUCGGUACUCAAGAUGUUUUUUUAGGUAUGGGAUUUAAAACUCCAGGUACUGCAUCUUGUGAGUGGUUAUCACUCACGAUAAAACUUCCUAAAGAAAAUCGAGACAAAGUUCAAUUGACUGUAAAAUCGGAUUUAGUGGAUCUACGUAGUCCAAAAUAUCGUUUGGUAUUGCCAACGCCACACAAAGUUGAUCCUAAUGUUUCUUCAGCAAGAUGGUUCAGAGAAACGUAUACAUUAGAGAUUUCAUUAAAGCUAGUUCGAGAAUUAGAUCCAAUUAAUUUUUGAAAAAAA